AAAAAAAAAAAAACUAUACCCAUAGACCCAUAGUCCCAUAUUGAUAUAUUCUAGAAUAGUCAAAAGUGGACGGAUUGAGUAAAGUUAUAAUGCUAACAUGCCAAUUUUAAAAUCCAUGAUUCUUUCGUGCAUAUACUGUACAAAAUGCAUGAAUAUAUAAAUAGAAGUUGUGACAUCCACCAAAUGACACCACAAACAUAUCCAUCAUAUUUUUUCUUCAUUAUUUCUUCUAAGCUAGGCAUAACCAUGACUUACUACUGUUCUUCAGAGAGCUUAGUAUGCACCGAUUAUCUUGAAUUAAACCCAGAAAAUGCUAGUUUUUACGAUCUUCUUCGCCUUUUAUUCUUUAAUGAGAGAACUAAUCAUUUUGUUUGCCCUCCCAAAUUCGAACAAGAUCUAAAAAGUUUUAACUAUAGAUGGCUCAUUUUUGUUUCAGCUCUUUUGUUUAAGUUGUUUCGAUACAUGAAGAAACCAAUGGCUCAUAUUGGCUAUUUCAUUGUAACAUGGAUGAAUCUAAUAACGAACAAUGGUGGAUUGCUCAGAUUGUGGCUAAAUUUUUUCAAAGGAAAAGUGCAUAUGCCAAAAGAGUCAAGCGAGACAUAUAGAUCAAUUAUAGCACUUCUUGAUCCAAGAGCGGAUUUGGACCCAAGAAUUCAACCGGGGCAUGCCAAUUAUGAGGCUUCACUCUCUUGGAUGGCUGCUAAGUUAUCCUAUGAAAAUUCAGCCUUCAUUAAAAAUGUUGUUGAGGACAACUGGAAGAUGGAGCUAUUAGGGGAUUACAACUUUCGAAAUGAUUUCCAAGCGAACAAUUCUACAGACGCAUUCAUGGCGCGCAACAUAAGCAAGGACAAAGACACAAUAGUGGUGGCAUUUAGAGGCACAAACCCCUUCGAUACAGACGACUGUUGCGCUGACAUUGAUAUCUCUUGGUUUAAGCUAACGAAAGUAGGAAAAGUUCACGGUGGAUUCAUGAAAGCAUUAGGCCUUCAAAACACUAAAUCCGGUGUCGGAUGGCCAAAAGAGAUGGAAAUGGGCGAUGAACAACAACAGUUUGCAUAUUAUAAAAUUCGACAAGUCCUUCGAAACAUUAUUCAAGAGAACAAGAACGCAAAAUUUAUAGUAGCGGGACAUAGUUUGGGUGGUGCAUUAGCGAUUCUAUUCGCUAGUGUUUUAAUAUUACAUGAAGAGAAAGAAUUGCUUGAUAGAUUGGAGGGAGUUUAUACAUUUGGACAACCAAGGGUGGGAGAUGAAGAAUUUGGAGAUUUUAUGAAGAAGCAAUUAAAGACCUACAAUGUGAAAUAUUGUAGGUAUGUUUAUUGCAAUGAUAUGGUUCCUAGACUUCCUUAUGAUAACAAGACCCUCUUGUUUAAGCAUUUCGGCUCGUGCCUCUAUUAUGAUAGUUUCUACCAAGGAAGGGAAUUGAAAGUGGAGCUAAAUAAGAACUAUAUAUCAUUGGCGUGGAUGAUACCAAAGUUCAUGAAUGCAUGUUGGGAGCUAAUUAGGAGUUUCAUACUUACACAUAUGAAAUGGGGCCCAGAUUACAAAGAAUGUUGGUUUCAAGUUAUUCAUCGGGUGAUUGGGCUCGUUAUCCCAGGCCUUUCGGCCCAUGGCCCACAAGAUUACACAAACUUAAUUCGAUUGGGCCGCAUGGCUGAACAUCAUCACCAUGAAAAUUCAAUUAAAUGAAUAUUAAUCAACUAAUUAUUUUUUGGCACAAGAAUAAGUUAUACACCUAAAAGAAUAGGCAACUUAUGAUCGUGCUUGAUGCCUUGGUAUUAAUGUUGAAAUUACUUUUUGUGUAGGAAUUGGCAAAUUGUUUUGGGCAACUAUGAUGAUUUUUUAAUGAUAUGUUGUGUUUUGUGUAUAUUAUUUGGCUUAUUUUUAGUUAGUUUUGUUAGUUUAGUUGAGUAUGUGAGUCCGUUUCGGCGUAUUUUGCUUUAGUUUGGAUAAUUUGAUGCUUUUAUGGGUAGUUGUGUUGUUUUUGAUGAAUUUCAGGAAUAAUGGAACUAAUUUGGAUGAGUUAUGGAUCCAUGAAGUAAGCCAAGGCCCAUGAAGUUGAAGAAUUGAAGAAAAGGCCCUUUUAGAGGUAGGCACGGCCGUGCCUACUAUGAGGCACGUCUGUGCUUCUGAGUAUACAGCAGUGCCUUACUGAAGACCCUAGGCACGUCCAUGCCUAGCAAAGGGGCACAUCCGUGCCCAGGUAAAGAAGCAGGCACGUCCGUCCCCAGCAGUCAGGCACGUCUGUGCCUGGAAGACAGACUCAGCAGCGUUUUUAUUUUUAGAGAGGCACGUCCGUGUCUCACACUAGGCACGUCCGUGCCUCCUGGAAUUUCAGUGCC